AUGGAACAAAUUGAUCAGCAUAAAAAGCUUUAUUACGAGGAACUAGAUCUCUUAUACGAACAACCUGAAAAUUGGGACGAGAAUGAUAAUUUAAAACCAGAAAUUAUGGAAGCAUUUCUUGGAAAAUUUUCGGAAAAUAUUCUA